AUGGAUAUGGCAGGCGCACUCGCCGGGUACGUUCCUGGUCGAGAGCAGUUACUCACCAUGGCAAUGAAUUUGGAUUCCCCGAUUAGGGAGCUUCUCCGAACCAAUUGCCGUAGCAUAGACUCUCUGAAACCUGACGCUGCCAGCCGUAUCCGCUUCAAUACUGCCAUUGAAUUUAGAAUCAACAAAUUGGGAGAGCCAUUGCAGCUGGAGAUAGAGGAAACGGAUAAAGCGCUUUUUUUUUGGACAGUGAGCGACGGUGAGAAACUGCGUUUCACGCUGAAGCACAAUUCAGCUGCUCUCCCCAACCAGCAAGCAAAGAGCAUAGCGGGAUCCAUGAUGCAGGCUAUCCAGUGCUUUUGGCAAGAUCCCAAUCAGAAAGUGCGUGAUGUCGACUUGGUCGAUCAGCGAAGCAGGCGGUAUAUCGCGCAGUGGAACAACCGAGCCAUGGCCCUUGACUACCAUCUGUCCAUCGCAGGGAGCGUUGACGAGAUCUCUCACUUGAAGCCCGAUGCACAGGCCAUCGCCUCUUGGGACGGUGAGUUAACCUACGACCAGCUUGAGAAUCUUUCCACUCGGUUAGCGCUCCACCUCAGGGGCCUAGGGAUCGGGGAAGGUGUGAUGGUGCCUCUUUGUUUUGGAAAGUCUCUCUGGGCAAUUGUGGCAACAUUGGCCGUAUUGAAAUCCGGUGCCGCUUUUGUUCCACUAGAUACCUCCCAUCCACUGGCACGCUUGAAGGAAAUCAUCGCACAUGUGAAUGCGGGGUUCGUCCUGGUUUCGGAUCAACAUGCAGCGCUGUUCGCCGGGACUGCAGAUAAUGUCAUCGUGAUCUCAGAGUCCACGGUCGGACACCUGCAGGACGUUGGCAUACUCGCGCACCAUGCGCAACCACACCACGUCGCCUACGUGCUAUUCACAUCAGGCAGCACCGGUAGUCCGAAAGGAUGCGUCGUGGAGCAUCGAGCUCUGGCCGCAGUAAUCUGUCACGGGGAGGCGCUCGGGAUCAAUACUGAGAGUCGAGGACUAAGUUUGCAUCAUACAGCUUUGGUGUUUCCUUGA